AUGCUGUCGAGCUUCCUCUUGAACAUAUCAUUAACCUCGUCCAUCGCAUCGGCCGGGAGUUCCAUAGUGGCGGCUCGUUGGACCUUCUCCAGCUUCACAAUUUCGGAAGUUGUACAAGGAUAUAAUGCUGCGCUCGCGAACUCCAAGCGAGGUCUGACAUGGGAGGUGUACAGCGCCCUGGAACCACCGUAUGAAAGCUUGGAAAAGGAACGGCGAAUGGCUCCAAGGAUUCUCCAACUCAAGGCGCAGGCUUUGUCUGUUUGCUCCCUGGUUUUAAGGACGUGGAAACCAACACCCCGAGAUUCCGUUCGCAUGCGGAUGCCAGUAACACGUUCUGCCAAUAAAGAAAACGAUAUCAGCAAAGCUCAAUGUUGUUCAACUUUGAAGCUGCUCAUUACCUCCGGACAUGUUCGCCUAUAUACAUGGCAGACAGGUCAUGCUGCCGAUCAAUGGGGCCCCGACGACGAUUGGGUUCUAGAUUUACUGGCACAGGAACAGGCGCUACAACAAAGUCAGUGCAACGAGGCGGAGGUGAUCUUGUCCUUAGAUGUACCGCAGUCGAUAGAUUCAGAUACGAAUGAGGUACGUUUAAUGUUUGAGACUCAGUUCAGUUCAGUCCCUACAACCAUUAACCAUGCACUUUCGUGCGCCGGUUUUGGUUGCCGUCUUUUGGUCGCCCAUUUGGAUGAAAGAGCAGAGUGCAAAUGGGAAUGUUGA